GAAUAACUCUUUUUUCCUCUCUUUAGAUCAUUUAACUGUAACUGAGCCUGUGGCUAUACUGAAAGCUGAUGAGGUAUGGGGAGCUUUAAGAGGUUUGGAAACCUUCAGUCAAUUGGUUCACGAGGAUGAUUAUGGAAGUUUUCUUAUCAAUGAAUCUGAAAUCUAUGACUUCCCAAGAUUUGCACACAGAGGAAUCUUACUUGACACUUCAAGGCACUAUUUGCCAUUGAAAUCUAUUCUCACAAACCUGGAUGCUAUGGCUUUUAACAAGUUCAAUGUUCUCCACUGGCAUAUAGUAGAUGAUCAGUCAUUUCCUUACCAGAGUGUUUCUUUUCCUGAGCUUAGUAACAAGGGGGCUUACUCUUAUAACCAUGUCUAUACUCCUACUGACGUCCGUCUGGUGAUUGAGUAUGCCCGAUUAAGAGGCAUUAGAGUUAUCCCAGAGUUUGAUACCCCUGGACACACACAGUCUUGGGGAAAAGGUCAAAAAGAUCUUCUCACCCCUUGUUACAGUGGAGAACAACCAAGUGGAUCGUUUGGACCUGUAAAUCCCAUUUUGAAUUCAACUUAUGACUUCAUGGCUACAUUAUUCAAAGAAAUCAGCAGUGUAUUUCCUGAUGCCUACAUCCAUCUGGGAGGAGAUGAAGUGAGCUUCAAUUGUUGGGAAUCUAACCCUGAAGUGAAAGAUUUCAUGAAGAAGCAAGGAUUUGGCAUUGACUAUGCUAAACUGGAGUCAUACUAUGUUCAGAAGAUUUUGGAUAUUGUUUCCUCCUACAACAAAGGAUACGUGGUCUGGCAGGAAGUGUUUGAUAACAAUGCAGAGCUGAAACCAGACACUGUAGUUGAAGUGUGGAUGGCAAAUAACUAUGCACACGAACUGAGCCGUGUCACUAGAGCAGGGUACACUGCUAUCCUGGCAGCCCCCUGGUAUUUGGACUACAUUAGUUAUGGACAAGACUGGACAAAAUACUACCGCGUUGAACCACUUAACUUCCCUGGAUCUGAAAAACAGAAAAGGCUCUUAAUAGGUGGAGAAGCUUGCCUGUGGGGAGAAUAUGUGGAUGCCACAAACCUCACACCAAGAUUAUGGCCUCGGGCAAGUGCUGUAGGGGAAAGACUCUGGAGCAGCAAAAAUGUGACCAACUUGCAGGAUGCCUAUAGAAGACUGUCUAACCAUCGAUGCCGCAUGCUCAGCAGAGGCAUAGCAGCUGAGCCUCUUUUUGUUGGCUAUUGUCCCCAUGAAGCAAGAUGGCAGUGACUGCUUUGGAUACCUCCAUUCAGCAACCUGAAGUGCCUAUGAGGUGAAGAUGCGUAGAUGAGUACAUGUGCUUUGACUGUUGAACCAAAAACAUUCUCACUUCUAAAAUAAAGGUAUUUCACACGCUU